GUCAAGGCUUCACUGUGAGGUGGUCUACUGCCAGGCUGGUGUGAGAAGACGUCGGCAAGAUGUUGUACAAGACAUCUCUGAAGGGGUCGCUGACGGGGCCCCUUCUGCUGGUGGCGGUGGUGGUGGUCUUACUGUUUCAUGGCACGUCAUCCAUCCAGGUGUUGGAGUUCCAGAAGGAUGGGAAGGCGACGUUAGAGACGAUGGGGCUAUACAAGGGAACGCUGGAUCGUAACUGGAGAAUGGACUCACUGACUCUCUGUGGACGUUUCAUGAUCUUCUUCCUACAUAAGAGAGGGACUUUCUUUCAGCUGUGGGAUAAAGUGGAUGAUUUAGAGUCCCAGUUGAAAGGAGAGUUGUGGCUGAAUCGUGUUAGGCCUGUUAUUGCCCAUCGUUGGCAGUUUCAACUUCUCGAGAACAAAUUAAGAACAUUCAAAUGGUAUCACCUGUGUUUCACCUACGACCACCUGACGAACCGCUACAGCACCUACAUGAACGGGGAGUUCGUCUACGGCCUAAAUUACAACGUGGACCGUCAGGUGUACGGUGAUUAUGCCCGGGUCGGCCAGGCGGGUCCCUUGUAUGAAAGUUUCAGCGGUGCUCUGUCCCAGGUCAAUGUGUGGGACUCUGUGGUGAGCGCUGCCGUAAUAGCUGAUAUGGCUGCCUGUAAGAGUGACCCUCAGGGUAACUACAUCUCCUGGGAGGUCGGGUGGGACCUUUAUAGCAUCACAGAGUACGACGUUCCUCUCGAACACUUCUGCCAGCAGUCGACGGACACCGUGUAUUUUGGCUUCCCGGAGUUGCCAAUGGAUAACGCAUUCUACAUCUGUGAAGCCCUCGGCUCUCACUUGCCUCUCACAGUUACCAUGGAAGAUAUUUACUUCUGGUUUAACCUCUCGGCUCGCUCUUGGCCCGACCACCUCGACGUGUGUGGAGACGAUUUCUGGGGCGCUGUCAUCGAUAUCCGUGAGGAGGGCACUUGGGUCACCCACUACGAUAAUGCCAUUGUUCCAACUAUAGCCUGGAAAGACGGAGAACCCAAUGGCAUAUUUUAUGAGAAUUGCGUCAAGAUUGAACCCAUCGGCCUAGCAGACAUCAACUGCCUCACCAAUGUGAGGUGCGCGAUAUGUGAGUUUCCAGAUCUGCAGAUCUUCUCCUUCCUGGGCACGUGUGAGCUGGAGUUACGCAACAUCCACUUCAUCGCCUACCAGGAGCGUCUGGGUGACCUGUACUUUAAGGGAUAUGGUGAGUACCUCAUCCGCCAGGAGGGAAAAGAGUGGUUGUGGAUUAACGUCGUUAAGAACCGAACUCUGGCGAGACUAGACCGCAAUUCACCGUUUAAUAUGCCUAUGGGACGUCGCGUCUGGCAUCUUGAGACAACUGUUUGUAACCAAGUGAAAGGUGCACGAACCCUGGUUCUCACACCUUGCCAGUCAGACAGUUACACUUGUGAUGACGCCACGUGCAUCCCGCUCGAGAAUCGUUGUGACUUUAAGUAUGACUGUCAGGACCGCAGCGACGAGGUCGACUGUGAACUUGUCGGUAAACCUGGAGACUACAAGAAGGAGCUGCCGCCACGACUCGGCGACGACAAAGAAGCAGCGAGUUUACCUGUAACUAUCAAGAUCAACAUCGAGUCCACUACCAUAUACACAACACAGAUGACCAUGCAGUUGUCAUACGAGAUUCACAUGACUUGGUUCGACAACCGCCUCACGUAUCGCAACCUGAAGACCAACGACAGCCUCAACAAGGUGCCCUUCUCCAGCAUGAUGAGUCUGUGGUCGCCCACCGUCGGGUUUGUCAACACGGAGGGUCACCAACACACCACCGUCGACAUAGAAUCACUGUUGUACCUCCAGCGCCAUCACCCGCCAGCACGUAGAGACAACAGCGCUCCUGGUGAAGUGGACCUGUUCCCGGGUGAGGAGAACCCCCUCACGAUCUCCAGGAAGUACAGCACCACCUUCAACUGUGACUUCAACCUGGUGCUGUACCCGUUUGACGUGCAGCACUGUGACAUGCACCUCAGGAUGCUCUCCGGCUCCAAGAAUUACCUCACUUUCGAAGACAUCUCCUCCAGCGCCGCCUACCAUGGUAGUGAACUGCUGCUGGAGUAUCAGAUCAAACAGCCCAAACUGCUGUACGACAACAGCCAGGAGUUCAGCGAGAUGAUGGUGAGGGUCACACUCCAGCGACGCUCCGGCUACUCCAUCCUCAACAUCUACACGCCCUCCAUGAUCCUAAUCGUGAUCAGCUACGUCAGCCUCUUCUUCCGUCCACACAUCCUCGAGGUUCGGGUCAUGACAACCCUGACGUCACUGCUCGUGUUGGCUACACUCUUUACACAGGUAUCUGCCUCACUACCCAAGACGUCCUACUUCAAGAUGGUGGACGUGUGGCUCCUCUUCUGUAUCGUCAUGAGUUUCCUCAUUAUAAUAUUCCACACCAUCAUCGACAACACCCUAAUUGACGCUAUACCCGGGAUGACCGCCUCCUCUCCCCCGGCACCCACCAAAGUCUUACCCCUCUCUGUCGACAGUCGUCCCUCCAGCAGCGACUUCAGGAGCUACGCACAUCUCGGAACGACCACCAAGAGCCUCAUCACUGCCUCCCGCUACAGUCUCUUGGCCAUAUUUGUCAUCUUCAACUUGAUUUAUUGGUCAUAUAUCUUUGGCUAAUAGUCUCAAGUCCCCAGUUAAUGAUGUACGCAUUCCUCCAUAAGCUAAUGUUUACGGUUUUCUAACUUGAUCACGAUUGUUGUUGUUAAUUUUUAUGUUAGUAGUGUGGUCAGAGAAUCACUAGUGUGUUAUAUUAAUUAGUAUUGGGUUCUCUUGUCUUCUCUUUCACUCGUCUCUCUCAUUCGUCUCUCGGCUUCUCACCCACAUUCUUCUGUUUGGUGUUCACUUAUCUAUAACUCCUCGCCUUUUAUCACUCUAUUAUCAUUCACAAACAAUGUAAUCUUCUUAACUGUUUCCUUAGGUCAAAUCCAUUUUAAUCUUGGCUCAUCUUGAUUUUCUUAUCAUUAAAAAAAUAAUAAUUUACUAAGAAUGUUAUGGUGUACGCUUCCCCAACAGGCAAGGUCAUUAAGCAAAUAAACUAGAUUACUAAUUUCUCUAGUCAACCAACAAUUAGAAAUUAUAUUCGUUUUCUUUAUCUUCUUUCAAAUGUGUUAUAUAUGUUAAGUAAAAUCACUAAGGUUUAAUUAUGGUUUACUAUGUUUUUAUGUAUUAAUUGUAUGUCCUUAAUAAACCACAUCUUGGUAAGUCAAACGAUAAGUCGUGUUUUAUUAAAUGGCAGAAGGUUGAGGGAGGGAAUUAUUGUUGGGACCUGAAACAACGGGGUAGCAUCACACUAUGCCACUAUGACGCUGUA